AUGCCGGCGCUCACGUUCGGUCUGAAGGCCAAGCCCGGACCGGGCAGUGCGCCCAAGAUUACACCUGGAGCCAAGCGGAAAGCGAUGUUUGACAACGACGAUGAAGACGAACCCGCCUCAAGCCCACCUCCGCAGUCUGGUCCUGGGAGACCCUCAAGACCACUCAAGCCCAUACAGCCUCUCAAGGACGACACCUCUGAUUCCGAGGACAACUCGAACAACAAUGGAACCUCCUCACGUCCUCGCAAAUCACCCAAACUCACCCAACCGCCAGCGCCCUCGUACGGUCUACAAAAGAAGCCCACCUCCAACACGACUGCUAUUCCGACCACGGACAAAGACUACACCAACCUCUCCGCCCUCCGCACAGCUAAUCUACACGCAACCGAAGCCUCCAAACUCGACUCCACCGCCUACGACUACGACGCCGUCUAUGAUACAUUCAAGCCCAGCAAGCCUACCUCCUCAAGCACAAACACAGAACCAACGCAACCAAAAUACAUGACCUCCCUCCUCGCCUCCACCACGCAACGGAAACGGGACCACGAGCGCGCCCGCGAGAAAGCGCUGCAGCGUGAACGCGAACAGGAGGGUGACGAAUUCGCAGGAAAGGAAGCGUUUGUUACGUCGGCGUACAAGCAACAGCAGGAGGAGAAUCGGCUUGCGGAGGCAGAGGAGGCGAGAAAGGUGGAGGAAGAGGAGGAGCGGAAGCGGAAGGGGAUGGGUGGGAUGGUGGGUUUCAACAAGAUGAUGCUGGAACGGGAAGAGGAGAGGAGAAGAGCCAUUGAGGAGGCGGAGGAGGCGCGGCGGAAGGCGAGCGUCAAUGGCAAUGGGUACGGUGGUGGUAGUCAGGGUGUCGAGGUUGCAGAUGAUGGGCCCAUACCUGCGCAGCAAGACGAAGACGACGCACAGAACAAAGAGGCCCAGAAGCGCGGCGCCAUCCUCAACGAAGAAGGCGAAGUCAUCGACAAGCGCCAGCUUCUGAGCGCAGGCCUCAAUGUCGCGCCCAAGAAACCCGGCACAUCCGCCACCUCCUCGACCACGAAGGACAAGAAGGCACCAGCAUAUCAACCACCAAGAGUCAGCGCCGAUGCCCGCCUCUCCCAGCGCGAGCGCCAGUCACGUCUAAUCGCGGCACAGAUGGAGGCGCAAGCGGAAGCAGCUGCUGCAGAGGAAGCAAAGGCGGCGGCGGCUGUCGAGGAGAAGGCCAAGAGCAAGAUCACAGAGGAGGCCAAGAUGGGUGCCAAAGAAAGAUAUUUGGCACGGAAGAGGGAGGCGGAGGAGGCGAAGAAGAAAGGCGGUUGA